AUGCCAUUGAAAUUUCCAGUGAGGGCUUACGUUCUGAAUCGAAUUUUAGAUUAUAAAUUCAACCCCCAAAACAUUAAUGCAGUGAAAUCAAAGUGGUUUGGCAACAAUAGAUCUUUUGCAACGACGCUGUCAAAUAAUGAAAAACCGUCCGGGAAUGCCGUCAGUGAAAAAACCGAAAAUAUAUAUGAUAUUGUCAUUGUUGGAGGUGGAAUUUCGGGAAGCGCUUUAGCUUGUGCUUUGG